GGGUUAAAAAUACCAUUUUAAGGUAUAAUAAAGGCCGGCGUUAGCUUUGAGAUUGUGUAGUGGCCUCUCUGUUUUGCACUGUGAGUGAUUUCAAAUGGAGUGUUGGCUUCACAACCAGAGGUCCAUCAAUGGUGAAAGAAACAUUGAGAUGGGCUCCUUUGCUGAGAGAGAGGCUGUGCUCAAGGCACAACUGCUCGGCAGCUUCGAAUGUUACCCGCAUUUGGAGCAGCGAUUUUGGCCAUGCGACCAGCUGCUUCUAAACCAUGAGGACCUUUAUGGUGCUGGUCAGAACAGUACAGCGGUUUCGAGCUGGGAACCGGAUGGAGCUUUUAACCUUGGCACCAGCAAUUUUAAUGGAGAGGAGUCGCAGCAGUUAGGGUUUGAGUCCGGGAGCCUCCCGAUUCAAAUGCAAGGGUUCAACAAUUUUCCGUUCGUUUCUUCAGAUGAAGAUUAUGGCUUUGCGCAGCUCAACUUCCCAGCCUGGCAGACUCAGCCAAGCGGUCAAAGAACAGCUUCCGCCGAGCUGCCGAGGAACAGCUCCUUUUAUACGCUGGAAGACGUGAUGAAGAAGCUCCCCCGCGUUGAUCCUCUGUUUAUUCCUAGCCCACCGAUGAGCCUCAGUGUUCCUCCUUCCUCGCAGUUUUCUUCUGAUACGAGCUUGUCUUCAAGCCAAUCGUUUUCCGGUAGGGUUUCAUGCCCGCCGCCGCCGUUAAAGCCAAGCGAGGCGGAGACAAGGCAUUUGAAUCAGCUGAUACCGUUGCAGACCUGCCGUAAGCCGCCGUAUGCUUCCGUAGUGCCACAGAGCGUCGCGGCUCGUCAAAGGAGAAGCAAAAUCCGUGAAAAGAUGUGUUCUUUGGAGAAACUGAUACCUCAGGGUUCGAAACUCGACACGGCCAGAAUGCUGGAUGAGGCGAUCAAGUAUCUCAAAUUCCUGCAAGCACAAUUUGAUGUUUUGGAAUCCAUGCCUCCCGUCGAUUCCGAGCCACAUCUGAAGUCAAACCCUAAGAUUGCCGUUGAUAAUGUCAAUAUUUAUCUGAAGGCAAAUUUUAAUGGCCGAAAUGCUUUGGCGAUGCAGAGAUCAGGUUCUGCUUCUGCUUCACCAAAGAAGCUAUCUACUGGCCAGAUGCUUCACAGCUUACUGAGUUCGUCUAGAAUUCAAAAGAAGCUCUUCAGCGCGGGAAAAGUCAUCGUUACGGUGCAGCAGAAGGAAAUGCUUGCAUCUAAACGGCCUGAUCUAGCAGGUGAUUUUUCCAAUUUUUUCUUCGACUAAUAAAUAUUUAAGCUUCUUAUUUUUUUUGCAUUGCUCCUCUGAAAUUGGUCAGGAGCUUCAUAUUGUAAUGUCGGCACUGUAACGCUUCUCGUACGUACCUAGAGGUGUGAAGUUUCGUCCGUCGCCUAUUUUGAAAAUUUGGCAGAACAAAAUUUUGUUUUUGGAAAAUGCUGCGCAAAUUUUCCUGGAUUAGAAAUCUGCAACUGCAAUAAUCAGUUUGAAUUAAAUUGUCAACGUAUUCUAUCGACGAAUAUUUAAAAAACAUACUGUAGUUGUUUGGAUAUUUACUUUUCAUGUCAAUAAUCUUUUUCAGAUGUAUAACAACGAAGACACCUCGGAAAUGAU